ACUCGAUUGGCGUCGACCGGCGUCCCGGGAGGGGCGCGACGCCAGCCAAGAACGAACGUUGAUACUAAACCGCGGGCCGAGCUGCUCCGAACGACAGUUCAACGAGCGUGUGUUCCGAGGCCGGAUCACGGUGGUCCAUACGAACGAUUCGCGUUUAAAUUUCACUAGCGGCCGCGUGUUCGCGAAACUGUCAAUCAGUGACGUUCGUCGGUCGGUCCACUGCGAUGCGUUCCACGCGCGAAAUCAAUCUCGACUGAGAAGUAUCGAAUCGCAAUUUCGAGGUUAUCCACCUUAAUCGAGAAUCGAUAUUUACAGUAAUCCCAUCCCGAUGGUUUCGAAUUGCCUAUUGGUAAGUGUGAUACAAUAUGGUGGACUAGAAUCGCGCGCGAUGAUAACGCGGAAAUUUAACCUAGAAUAUCGAUCGAGUAGAUCCGUGUACGACUAGGACCAGUUAGACGUACACGUGAAUCCUUCGUUGGAACGGUGUGUUAUCGUGUAGAAUACUUUGCAAGGAGUGUCGUCGUCCAGCGGGAUUGUCUUCUGGAAUUGAUCGAAGCAUGAUUAGUAACUAAUUUUGACGACAACGACGUUCGGAUUUGUGACACGACUAUAGUGUGCGCAUAUAGUCUAUGCAUACGUGUGUGUAACCGUGUACGUGUGUGUGUUUACAUUGAAUCAGUGCUCGUUGGCAACAUCAUGAUCCGUCGACGUGAGUGCGAUCGAGUACUCUGGAGUGCUACCGAGGGUGUUUCUAGUGCAAGCUUCGGGGUUGUCGUCUGCGUGUGGGUUUCGAGAUGCGUCCUGUGGUGCAUCAGCCACGAGUAACUGCAAUUGGAGGCCGGUGUAGCCGUAUAUAUACCGGUAACUUGGCCACGAGUGAGCGUAGUGUGCCGACUAACCGCUGGAGUAAUUAAUCCGACGUAUGUGCGGACAGACAUCCUCGUUUCUCUACGCAGAGUCAAUCACUGACGUCGAUUCAGAAUCUAGAGCUCGUCGUUUGAUUACAGCCUCGAAAGAUUACAGUCUUGAUUGGAAUUUGCUUGAUGCAUAGAGGAUAAUGACAAUCGAUGGAAAGAUAACCGAAGGGUACACGCGUAAACGACAAAAUCAAAAUCACCGACAAGUUAAUCGCGUGAGAACGAUUAACCAUUAAACAGAGAAAAAAAAAUAUAUAGAGAGAGAGGGAGGGAGAGGCAAAGAGAGAAAGAGAGUGAUAUUCAAGAACAAUGUUCCAAUUCCUUCGCGCAUAGCUGAUCAGAUUCGAUCUACUGUUUAUGCAGCUGUAAAACGUCUACUAUAUUACCGGAUCAGCAGACAACUUCACUCUACGUCGCAUUUCGAACGAGGAGAUUAAUUAAAAUGGAAAAACACAAGUUUCUGUAUUGACAAACUCGUCGAUAUUGACACGGUACUGUUACACAGAAUUGAUGCUUCGUGUUGAUAAACAUUGUCUGUUACUACCACGCGCACCGGUGUUUAUGUCUUUUUCAGUAAGUAACCGACUGAUCAUCGACCGCGUGCCUAUCGCACCAUCCGACGUCAGUCCCUUAUCGCAAUCGAAACAAUGUAUCGUAUCGAAGAUUGAAGCCAGUACGUUGUGCGCAUCGUUUAAGCGACAAGUUCGAAAUAAGUGCACGAUGCAGAAAUAAUUCGAUCGAUUUACGAAAAUAUUUCCGACAAUAUUAUAUCCGGCGAAGUCGUGCAGUGUUUUUAUCUUGACGUUCUGCGCAUCACGUGGUUUCUCGCCAGGAAAAAAGGACAUUCUUCUUGACUUUUCGUUAAGUUAAUUAACCGGCGAGCAACGUUCAUCGACGUCCAUAUUUGAAAGUUGCUGAACACGUAUCUUGGCGGACAAAGUAAAUGAACGACGCCGAUUACCCGAAUAGAUAAUUAAUCAGGACCAAGCGAAAGGAGGCAUUCGUUCUGCACGACCAAUCAUCGGCCCGAUGUCCUGAUCACCUUACAGUGUAUACAUCAUUCAGCACGAUUGGAAUGGAACGUCUUAAUUAAUAAUCACGCGAACCUAUUGAAAUUCGUGUGCCGUUUCGCAUAUUAAGAGGGGUAAUUAAAGAAAAAAGGAGUAAUUAAAGAAGCAAGGCGAACGAAGAAAGGGCCAGAAACGGAGCGUGGAAUCUGCAAGUGGACUUGGCCGACUUCAUCGUCUACUUUUUACCUCGUUUCGCGAACACCGAAAAAGAGUUCUCACACCGCACGCGAGAGGGACCUUAGACACGCACGCACGCAUUCACGCACCCCUUUCGAGGGAAGAACUCGAGGAGCAGAGAAACCCCGUGCCCUCGGUCAUCUCGAUUUUUUCGUGGUUUUUUCAAUCCUGCCCAGUGGCCAGUUUUGCUGUUCGUAUCGUGGAAUUGCUGCACGCCGACCGAAGACACCCGUCAACGACUCGGGACUAGCCGGACGCAGCAACGAAAAAUUGCGCGUAGUCGGAGCUCGGAACUUCACGAUGGAGUGCCGCAAGGGUCGACGGAAAGGUCUACUCAGUGGCCUGGUGUUUGCGUGGCUCCUAACCAGCGGUUGUACCGUCGCGGCGCGAAAUAUAGAUAGGUACGACACCGCGUACGCCUGCGAGGGCAAGACCCUGUGGAUUGAGUGCGGCGAGGGAAAGCUGAUCCACCUCAUACGCGCGAACUAUGGAAGGUUCUCGAUAACGAUAUGCAACGAGCACGGAAACACCGAUUGGAGCGUGAACUGCAUGUCACCGAAAUCCUUUCGGGUGCUGAACAGCGAGUGCAACGACCAGCAGAACUGCAGCAUUGUUGCAUCGACGCUGCAAUUCGGCGAUCCCUGUCCCAACACGCACAAGUACCUCGAGGCGCAUUAUCGUUGCCUGUCCGCGGCAACAACCACCACAACGUCCCGUCCGAGUCCUCCGUGGAUCAUGGCUUCUCAGCCAAGCGUUUGGAGCACGGCUAAGCCGACUGUCAGGCCUCCCUCGAGGAUUACGACACCCCAGGCUCAACAACCGCCGCAGCCGCCAGCACCGUCCACCCCGACGCUCCCAAUAACCACCACGCCAAGUCCCACGUCGACGAGGUCACCGGUCGAUACGGAGGUCCUCGAAGUGGACCAAGACUUAAUAUCUCCUGCAAACGUUCCGUCUGCGAAUAUACCAGCGGUGCCUCCGAUUGUUCCUGAAACCACUCAGGCCACAACCACGUCGACCUUUGCUCCUUGGAGAACGAGUCGAAGGACCACUGUGCCGAGCACGCUGUACCCAGAGUCCAGCUCGAAUGGCCAAUGGUACGACUACGGUAGACAAGUGUGUCCCCCGGUGAUAGCCAGGAACCUGUCGUGGAACACGACCAGAGCUGGCGACGUAGCUGUUCAGAGUUGUCCAGGCGGUGCUAACGGUUUGGCGCGUUGGAGAUGCCUGGCCAGAGCAGACACGGCCUUCUGGCAUCGAGACAGUCCGGAUCUGAGCGAGUGUCGCUCCGUUUGGCUCACCACGCUAGAGAACAGGGUAACAGAAGGCGACGUGAUCCUCGGAAUCAGUCGAGAAUUAUCGCAAGUGACGAACAACAGCAGAGGUCUCUAUGGUGGUGACAUGAUGAUCACGACUAAGAUCAUCAAGAACAUGGCGGAGAAGAUGGCACAAGAUAUAAGAACGUACCAAGACGCGAAUCAGAGGGAGGUCAGCGUGACCGAGCUGCUGCAAGGUGUCGUGAGGACGGGCAGCAAUCUGCUUGACAAGGCGCAAAUGGCGUCUUGGAAGGAUCUCAGCCAUCAGGAGCAGAUGAGAGUCGCGACCUCUUUAUUGAUCGGACUCGAGGAGAACGCGUUUUUGUUGGCCGACACGCUGAUGCACGAGAAAACGAUCACUCAUGAAGGGAGGAACAUACUAAUGGAAGUACGCGUUCUGGAUGCCCGGAAUAUCGGCGAUGAUCUAGAAGUGUUCCCGACGGAGGCAGCUCAACAGAGAUGGGCAGCUUCGAACGAUCGUGUCGAGUUAACCAGAGGAGCUUUGCUGGAGAACAGCGAGGGUGGCAUUGUCCGUUUGGUCUUCAUGGCCUUUGACAGGCUCGAGGAGAUCUUACAGCCGCAAGCUGAGGUAUCAUCGUUAGUCAUGAACGACGACCCUCAGCCAUUGCCGAAAAGGAACACGACCAGGCUUCUAAAUAGUAAAGUGAUCUCCGCGUCUUUGGGCAAAGGAAGGCACAUACAGCUCAGCGAGCCUGUCAGAGUCUAUUUCAAGCAUCUGUCCAUUGAGAACGUCACCAAUCCGACUUGUGUGUUCUGGGAUUACAUCUUAAGUGCUUGGUCAGAGGAGGGUUGUGAAAUACGAAAAACCAACGAAACUCACACAGUGUGCGAGUGCAACCAUCUUACAAAUUUCGCCGUUCUAAUGGACGUGCACGCCGUCAGAUUGGAUAUUGCUCAUCAAGUCGCGUUGCAGAUCAUCACCUAUAUCGGCUGUAUCAUUUCCGUGGUUUGCCUGGUUCUGGCAAUUUUGACCUUCCAAUUAUUUCGCGGACUAAAGUCGGAUAGAACAACCAUCCACAAGAAUCUGUGUGUGUGCUUGCUGAUCGCGGAAAUUUUAUUCGUUUGCGGAAUCGGACAAACGAAUCAGAGAAUUAUCUGCGGUAUCGUCGCUGGAUUGUUGCAUUUCUUUUUUCUUUGUGCAUUCGCCUGGAUGUUUCUCGAAGGGUUUCAAUUAUACGUCAUGCUGAUCGAGGUGUUCGAAGCAGAAAAAUCAAGGCUACGCUGGUAUUAUCUAGUCGCCUACGGUGCUCCGUUGCUGGUCGUAGCCAUUUCUUGUAUAAUCGAUCCUCUGAGUUACGGUACCGAUCGAUAUUGCUGGCUACGAGCGGACAACUACUUCAUAUUCAGCUUCGUUGGACCAGUGAUACUCGUUAUACUGGCAAACUUGGUAUUCCUAUCGAUGGCGAUUUAUAUGAUGUGCCGGCACGCAAACACGACCGUAGCGAUGAAGAGUAAGGAGCACUCUCGAUUGGCCAGCGCAAGUGGAAAGGAAGAGAAUGCUCUUCCCAACAAAUUGCAAGCGCACUUGGCAUGGCUGAGAGGAGCGAUCGUCUUAGUAUUUCUACUGGGACUCACCUGGACCUUCGGGCUUCUCUACUUGAACCAAGAAUCCGUCGUGAUGGCGUACAUCUUCACCAUAUUGAAUAGUCUGCAGGGGCUGUUUAUCUUUGUGUUCCAUUGCGUUCAGAACGAGAAGGUGAGGAAGGAAUACAGGAAGUUCGUGCGCCGCCACUCCUGGCUGCCCAAGUGCCUCAGGUGCUCGAAGACGGUGGCCGGAAACUCCGGCGGCUCUUCCGGUACCAGCGGCGGCGCCGGUGGUGCUAAUGGAGGCAAGGACUUCGCCUCUCACAACACCUCGUCGAAUCCGUCGGCGCCGACGACCGAUAGCUCCGGAUUGUCGCCGCACGCCGCCUCCAAUUACUUGGCGUCCGGUCGAAGCUGGGCGAUUGUCGAUAGGCAGCCGGCAGUUACAGUGCCACGUGAAUCCUCUCCAACAGAGGCUCACAUCGUGGCCACCCUGCCAUACGCCCGUCACGCCUUCUUACCCUCAGCUCCCAAUAUCCCCAAAUCUGCCACCGCCACUUGGGGCCACCUUAACAAAAACCUCAUGUGGAAGAACAUUUCUUUUAAAUCGUAUUCCCGUGACUCCGGCCAUGGUGGCUCCGAGCAAGAAGACUCGCCUAGGACACACAAUACCCUGACCCUGGGACACUCCGGACGAAACCGCGGAGCGAGAGGAAUGAACGAGAACAACGAGAUGAGCGGCAACAGGACUACCGGAGGCGGCGGUGGUGGCCGAAGGACUGCGAUACCGUACAAACAUAAAUACACGGAGAUCAUGGACGGUCGCAGUAACGGGCCAGCUCAUCAUCAGCUGCACGCCCAUCACGGUCAACACGUACAUCUUCCGCGGGAUUUGACGAACGAGGACGAACCAGUUUACGAAGAGAUCGAGCGCGGCGGUGGCGGCGGAGGCGGUGAGAUUCAAGUGUCGGACAUGUCCGACGAGGACGGCAGAAGGCAAAGCGACAUGAGCAGACAAUCGUCGAGAAGUUACGGUGAUCACAGACCGCUGAUCCCAUACUCGCCGGCCACCGAUAGAAAUCUGAUGCAUUACGGGCAAACGUUGACGGACCGUGGCGGCGGAGGAAAUAUCCAUUGCGACGCGUCAGAGUACAGUCCUGCGUUCGAGAGGACCCUGAACACUUGCUGGGAGAAGCUACGAAAGCAGCAAGCAUGGUACGAACGUGGCGAGCUGCCCCGACUUCCGGCCAGUUACGGUAUACCGCCUCAGCCAGAUCACACGAGAACAGUCGCGGUUCUAGAUGGACACACGGUCGUCUGUCAUCUGCAGCCGCAAACGGACAUGUAUACCGGGCGCGGAAUGCCACCGCCUUCCUACAGCGAGUGUUAGAACGCUCUCCACUGGCAGGAUCCUGUCGUCCUCUUCGUCUUCCUGCACGAGGACGAUGGAUGCGCUCCUUGCGGUCGAGACGCCGCGUUUCGUGGCCAUCGACGGAGGAACGAUCGAAGCAACGCGUAGUUCGUGAAUGUUAUAGGGUCGCGUCCUCAACACGCCAAGUUAGAGAUAUCGUCGACGACUACGACGAUGGCGAUCUUCUGUUUAACGCGACGUGUAUGGCGGUUCCUCACUGAAGAAAACCAUCACUCCGGAACAACCGACGCGUCUCGAGCUACGUUCGACCGGAUGAACGAGUUGCGAACGACGACAACGCGUCACUAGCUCAAACAUGAACGCGACCGAUCGACCUGGAGCCCGAUGAUUGCCGCGUUCUAUAGCCAUAAGCGGGCCGAUCUACGAAGAUGGCCCCGAACCUCCUUUGUUGUGUUUCCAUAUCCGUUUACUCGGGAAUUGCGUGCAACCAAUGGCGGAAGUCCACGCGAAACGGACGUGUCUGUCGUCUCCAGAACUAGAACCGUGCGAAUGUGUGACGAAACGUCGAAGAUCUGUGUACGAUAGCGUGAAUUAUUCGAUAUGGACCUCUUGUUGAAGUUAAUCGAUCGUCGUUGUACCGUCGAAGCUGUGCUCGGCUUUUCGGGAUUGGCUCACUGACAGAGUGGAAAAUACGAUGUCGUACGGAAAACGAUAAAACGUGACGAGUCCUCUUAGAUCGCUAAGAUUUUGCUAGGAGAGCGCUUACAGAGCUCGAGGUUUCGAGGUACACGUGCGGAUUGUAAACGACCCGAACGAGAAGUUAUCGUAUAUACGCUCGUAAGUAAGUGUAACGAUAUCAGAGCGAAUUAAUUUCCUUGCGUUCUUCAGCACGAUGUUCUCGUUCGUCGUCGAUUGUAUCCUCGAAGCCUGUUCUCGUACGCGUUGACAAAUCGAGAGAAGAUUUUCUGCUCGAUCGUUUCGUCGAUGCUGGCUUUGCUCGUUAACGAAAGUGAUUCGUGGAUAAUAUGAAAAAUAACAGACAUAUCGAGAUCGAAUGGGGAAAGGUUUGGCCGCGGGGGCGUGAAAAUCGUUCGUUAACGAGUGUCGAACCGACGAGAAUUCGAUUUGAAUCCCCGAAGGAAAUCGGCGACGACUCGAUAAAGGAAUCUGAAGCCCGUGUUUCCUUGCAAACGUCCUCCGCUUUCAUCGAACCGGAGAGCAGCGACAUAUCGCAGGUGCGCUGAUCGAUAACCGACCUCGCCACGGAACGUAGAAGAAAACUAAAGUUACUUAAUAAUCGAUCAACGCUUACUUCGAUUAAUCAUUAUCGCGUUACAUUAGUCGCAUCGUAGAGUUACUUCUAAAGUCUUAAGACUGCUUUCGUGAAAAAUUCCGUGCGACACGAUCUGUCAAAAGAUGCAGACAGUAUCUUCGCGAGAUAGAAGGAAAAAGGAUCUUCGAGUUCCGGAGAAGAAAGGGGCGCGCGUGUUCGUUUCGAGCGAGUUUCGAUGAUUGAAAACUUGAAAUUUCUUCCCGGGGAAAGGUAAAGUCAGCGGUUAAAAGUACCUUUAUCGGUCGUCCCAGCCAGCUCCUCAAUGUAUAUUGCUUUGGAACGUUACGUUUUAGUCCCAGAAUGUUAUUUUUAUAAAUAAAAAAAAUUAUAUAUAUAUAUAUAAAUGUAUAUGUAUGUAUACAGUAACGAUAUUAUAUUUAUAUAUAUACAUAUAUAUAGAAAAUACGAGGAGAGAGAAAGAGAGAGAGAGAGAGAGAGAGAAGGUGGGUGAGAGUUGUACGAAACAAGUAUAUAUAUAUAUAUAUAUAUAAAUAUAAAUAUAUAUAUAUAGUGAUACAAAGCGAUUUUCCGAGCGACGUGGAAAAAGCGAAAAAAACUUAGUCACUGUUUUUUACUAUUUUUUAAAGAACAAAAAGGUAUAUGUCGUAACCGCGUAAUCUAAUAUGUAACUAAGGGAACCCGCGCGCUAUUUAUUUUUUAUCAUCCGUGAGUGUUAUCUAAUGUGUAAUUAGCGGUCGUGUCGAGAUCGACGAUCGGUGACGCGCGAUCGUUCGGACGUAAUUACGGAUCGAAGAUGAUCGUAUCAAAACGAGAUAGAUCGAACGAAUCGCCGUCGUUCGGUGGUCGAAUCGAUCGACGACAUUUUCUGCUUGCAAAGAAGAUCCAUCGUCGACGAGCGUAAGCGUAUAUAUUAGACUAACGAACGUCGAGCUCUGAAACACGUCACCAAUGGCUCGAUGUUCGUUUCUCGGAACAUCCGACUUCCUCAUCUAACUUCUCCAUUUCUGACUGGAGAAAGAUAUGUUGGAUUGACUAAUUGACGAGACAAGGUUCUUCUUUUACCAAGCUUUUGUUCUUUAAUUGUGUUAUUACGGUUGUACGCGAACGGAAGCCUGUUAAAUUAUGUUUAAAUCGAUGGAAGUUUAAAUUUGCCUAAACGAGAAAGGGCGCACGCGAACACAGUGAAUUCAAUAUAGUCUUUCUCUCGGUUGAACAGCGUUUCGUCGUUUCCUUUUUCUUUAAUUUAUUUCUCUGCUCAGCCGGGCCGGCCGUGAUCCUUCUCUCCGGCAAAUCGUACGUUAAGACGAAUAAAUCUAUAGGCGAAUUAUUAAAAUAGCGAUAAACAGCGUUUUAAGGGUACCAGCGUAGCUAUAUUAAGCGUUACGAACGUUUCCUCCGAUUUCUAUGAAACGUAAUUGCUCACUCUGGCAUCGCGUGAAAACCCGUUCGCGGUUAUCUUGGUUUUUCCUGUUUAGAAGACCCUUCGCACAAGCGUAGCUUGAGAUGACAGUCAAGCAUCUGAAAACCGUUUUUGUCCACGAUGUUAAAGGUAGAACGAAAAUGUGUAACCCUAUCGAGUAUGUGUAUAUAAUUUCCAAUGCCAUGAAAAUUCUGCCGUCUCGUUUCUUGCCCGUAGCGAAUAAAUACGUGAACUCUGUACGCGCGUUUCUCGGUCGUCGCGUAUCGAAUCGUU